AUGCGAUCUGGAGCUAGGCCAUGUUCCUAUGAGGCCAACUCUUUUCUACCACCACAACAACAUGAUACCCAUAGACAGGUAAACGAGUUUGGCGUGACUGAGGCGGCAACUGCUAGAAGCACGGGUUCUAGUUAUAUUCGACAGCCAACAACUCUGAGCCACCCACCAUCGCUAACGGAUGGAUCCACGGAUGGAUCGACCUUUGAGAGCCCGCCGUUGACCUACAAUGCCAAAUCAGAUAGCACCAAAACUGGCUCUAGAGAAGAUCAAUCGUAUAAAUCUAAGCCAGAUAGAGGACAGUAUCUUAUUUCCAUUCUAACCCCCGACAUAUAUACAACUUCGUCGCGGAUAGGCGGUACCUUCUAUAUCCACCGUGAGCCUAGCUUAUCUGACGAAUCAACCGCCAUUCCUCGCAGUAUCACGCACAAGGCACGCUCCUUUGGCCAAAGUCAUUGGAUUAAUAUGAUUUCUCUGUUUGAGGAUACCUGUGAAAUCGUUGAACCAUAUUUACGAAGCGAGACAUCAGCUACCUUCUCUAAUAUUGAAAAAUGUAAAGCUUUAGCAAAAGCCAUCAAACUACAACGAGCACCUACCGAAUGUUCAACACCCAGUGCUAAUAUUCCCUCUAAAACCCUUUCCGAUGAACUUGUUGACUGCUACCUUAAGACAACCGAGUCCAUAUAUCGUAUCCUGCAUAUCCCAAGUUUUAGACGGGAGUAUGAAGCAUUAUUUCUACCAGAGACUGAGCCCAGAUUUAAUGUCGCGUUCCUAGUUCAGGUUAAAUUGGUGCUUGCGAUCGGUGCGGUUACGUAUGAUGAAAGAUUCUCACUACGCGUUGCAGCAAUUCGCUGGGUAUAUGAAGCGCAAGCUUGGUUUUCAGAACCCAAAUUCAAAUCUCGUAUUGACAUACAAUCUUUACAGUCCCAUAUAUUAUUGUUGUUUGCACAAGAAAUGGUGGGCAUCGGCGGGGAUCCGAUGUGGGUUUCAGCCGGUGCAAUAGUUAGAAAAGCGAUAUAUAUGGGGCUACAUAGGGAUCCUGAAAAUACGCCUACAACGACUACAUUUCUGGCGGAGAUGCGCCGUAGAAUAUGGAACACGAUCCUAGAGAUUUGCCUUCAAUCAAGUUUGACCUCCGGUGGACCGCCAUUAUUCUCCCUUGAUGAUUUCGAUACCAAAUCUCCGGGAAAUUUUGAUGAUGAGCAACUUGAGGAUGCCCGUCUAGCGAUAGUGAACUUCCUAAACAGCCUUCAUUCCUCCCGUACAUAUGAGGAAACCCUUCGACUUGAUGCGGGUCUAAGAGCCGCAUAUAAAACCUUAUGUGGUACUAUUCAGCGAUAUAUUAUCGGUUCCAGUUCGUUCCCUCCUCGGUUUGAAUUACGCGCAUUGGAUUUAAUAAUGCAUCGAUACCUCCUAUCACUCCAUACGGCUCUCAAGAUUUGGCAUACGGCAUGCCUACCAUCGCCCCUCGUCGCCACUCAAUCUGAUGAAUGUAUUACAUCAUCAGCUCGAGACGAUUUGACCACACUUACUAUCUGUAGCUCAGGGUUCUAUCGAACCGUUGUGCUUCAAGCCGCGUUACUUAUAGCGGUGGAACUUAAAGAACAGCUCCAGGAGGGUAAAGGCCUAGGUCCAGCUAUUUUACGUCAAGACCUAUUUUCUGUGCUGAUGGAUGCGAAGGCAUGGUCCCUAAAAUGUAUCCAAGCCGGAGAAACUAACAUCAAGGGUUAUUUGCUUACGUGUGUAAUUGUGGCACAUGUCGAAGCACUCUUAAAAGACCCCACUAAGGAUCUCAUUGCUAAGUUACUAGUCAAUGCUAUUGAGGACGCUUCGGCGAAAUCACUAUCGAUACUUGAUGGUAUGGAAAUCCCAAACCAGGCUGAGAACCCUGUGGGUGGGCUUAGUGAAAUACUACUACACAAUGUGAAUGAGAUGGCAGAUGAUUGGGGAUUUAUGGUGGCAGGUUCAAUAUUUGACCUAGACAGCGGCGGCGACACUAUGGGACUAUGA